ACUAGGUGUCCUUCCUCUCCCCUUCUCACCUUCAACCUCAGUGCAGUAGAGCCUCUCUAUGCCAUACAAACCACUACAAACACAAGGCAAGAAGAGGGCAAGAGAAGAUAUGGGUCACCAUUCUUGCUGCAACCAACAGAAGGUUAAGAGGGGCCUCUGGUCUCCUGAAGAAGAUGAAAAGCUGGUUCGGUACAUAACCAUCCAUGGCUAUGGUUGUUGGAGUGAGGUCCCUGAGAAAGCAGGGCUUCAAAGAUGUGGUAAAAGCUGUCGCUUGAGAUGGAUAAACUAUUUGAGGCCGGACAUCAGGAGAGGCAGGUUUACCCCAGAGGAGGAAAAGCUCAUUAUAAGCCUGCAUGGUGUAGUAGGAAACAGGUGGGCUCAUAUUGCAAGCCACUUGCCUGGGAGAACAGACAAUGAAAUAAAGAACUACUGGAACUCAUGGAUUAAGAAGAAAAUAAGGAAGCCAUCGACAAAUCCGGCAGCAGCCAUGGCAACACUUGCACCGAAUGCAGAGUUAUCGCAACCGGGUUACAGCUCAAAUCAACUCAAUUUAGUGAAUCAAGAAUUGAUGACAAAGGAACCAAUUCAAGAAACCCUAUUUUCUUCUCAAUGCCCACUUUUCAUGUUUGACAUUAAUUUGAUGGAUGGACUCACUAGUAGUACUAGUAGUAGCAAUACAGCACCACCAGAGCUAUUCCAUGAAGCAGCAGCAGCUCCAAAUUCUGACUCUUGGCAUAUAGAUCAUGUAAACCAACAUGAAACCCAAGCACUUGCUCCUCUUCCUCCUCAUCUUCCUCCACCUCCACCUCCCCCUCCUUCAACAUUUACAGCUCCUAACAUGUACUCAAGUUAUUUGCCAGCUUUGGAGAAUGUGGAAGCCAUGGUGCCUAUUGAGGUUCAAGGAAGUGGUAUGGAAGAGGAUGGAGAUCAGUUGGGCUUGGAUUGCUUACAGAGGCAGGACUUGAGUGAAUGGAUUGAGUCUCACUCAUGCCCAAGCUUUCUAAUUUGGGAUCAACCCAUUGAGCCACAGAUGUGUGGGGAAGGAAUUACACAAGCUUCUUCAAGUUCUGCAGCUAUGCUAUCUUCUUACCCUUCUCCUUUAUAAGGUUAUGAGGUGUUUUAUUUAUCAAUUCUCUCUCUCUCUCUCAUAUUCAUUUUCAUAUUGGACUAUAAAUGAGUGGUGAUUUACACAAGGUUUGUUUACCAUAUGUGUGGUUGGAAGAGAUAUAAAAUGUGGAGAAUGUAAUGAAAGAAAGCAUACAAUGUUUGAAGGAUUUUAGAAACAGAUGGGUGAGGAAAUAAAUGGGUCAAGACAGCCCAAGAAGUGAUUUCA